UCGUUCCUUCCGCUCCGCGUCUCCGUUGACUGGAGACAGUCGGAGCGCCGGCGCCCAGGUUCGGUGGCCUCUAGUGAGAUCGGAGCUCCGUGAGCGAGCUGGGCACAGCGUUCACACUGGAUAUUCCUCCAGGACCCGCGGGCUCUGCUGCCGUGAUGCUGUCCCGACUCUUCCGCAUGCACGGCCUCUUUGUGGCCUCCCACCCCUGGGAAGUCAUCGUGGGGACAGUUACACUGACCAUCUGCAUGAUGUCCAUGAAUAUGUUCACUGGUGACAACAAGGUCUGUGGCUGGAAUUACGAAUGUCCAAAAUUUAAAGAGGAUGUUCUGAGCAGUGACAUCAUCAUUCUAACCAUAACACGAUGCAUAGCGAUCCUGUAUAUUUACUUCCAGUUCCAGAAUUUACGUCAACUUGGAUCUAAAUAUAUUUUGGGUAUUGCUGGCCUUUUUACAAUCUUCUCAAGUUUUGUAUUCAGUACGGUUGUCAUUCACUUCUUAGAUAAAGAAUUGACAGGUUUAAAUGAAGCACUGCCCUUUUUCCUGCUUUUGAUUGACCUCUCCAGGGCCAGCGCAUUAGCCAAGUUCGCCCUAAGUUCGAAUUCACAGGAUGAAGUCAGGGAAAACAUUGCUCGUGGAAUGGCCAUCUUAGGGCCCACAUUCACCCUGGAUGCACUUGUGGAAUGUCUCGUCAUUGGAGUUGGAACCAUGUCAGGGGUCCGUCAGCUUGAAAUCAUGUGCUGCUUUGGCUGCAUGUCGGUUCUUGCCAACUACUUCGUGUUCAUGACCUUCUUCCCAGCUUGUGUGUCCUUGGUAUUGGAGCUCUCUCGGGAAAGCCGUGAGGGUCGUCCCAUUUGGCAGCUCAGCCACUUUGCCCGGGUGCUAGAGGAAGAAGAAAAUAAACCAAAUCCUGUCACUCAGAGGGUCAAGAUGAUUAUGUCCUUAGGCUUAGUCCUUGUUCACGCUCACAGUCGCUGGAUAGCUGAUCCUUCACCUCAGAACAGUACUGCAGAACAGUCUAAGGUUUCUUUGGGACUGGAUGAAAAUGUGCCCAAGAGAAUUGAACCAAGUGUUUCCCUUUGGCAGUUUUAUCUCUCCAAAAUGAUCAGCAUGGAUAUUGAACAGGUUAUUACCCUAAGUUUAGCUCUUCUUCUGGCUGUCAAGUACAUUUUCUUUGAACAAGCGGAGACAGAGUCUACACUUUCAUUAAAAAACCCUAUCACAUCUCCUGUGGUGACCCAAAAGAAGGCCCCUGACAGUUGUUGUAGACGUGAACCUACACUUGUCAGAAACAACCAGAAAUGCCAGUUAGUGGAAGAAGAAACAGCGGUAAACCAAGAAAGAAAAGCAGUUGAAGUUAUUAAGCCCUUAGUGUUUGAAACAGACACCUCGAACAGAGCUACAUUUGUUGUUGGUGGCUCCUCCUUGCCUGACCCUCCAUCAGACCUGGUGGCACAGGAGCCUGAAAUUCUGCUUCCAAAGGAGCCUCGGCCUGCUGAAGAAUGUUUGCAGAUACUUGGGAAUGCAGAGAAAGGUGCAAAGUUCCUCAGUGAUGCUGAGAUCAUCCAGUUGGUUCAUGCAAAGCACAUCCCAGCUUACAAACUGGAGACUCUGAUGGAAACCCAUGAACGGGGUGUGUCUAUUCGCCGACAGCUACUUUCCAAAAAGCUUCCAGAGCCUUCCUCGCUCCAGUAUUUACCCUAUAGGGAUUAUAAUUACUCCUUGGUGAUGGGAGCUUGCUGUGAGAAUGUCAUCGGAUACAUGCCCAUCCCUGUUGGAGUGGCAGGACCUCUGUGCUUGGAUGGAAAAGAAUUUCAAGUUCCGAUGGCAACAACUGAAGGCUGUCUUGUGGCCAGCACUAAUAGAGGCUGCAGAGCAAUCAGUCUCGGAGGAGGAGCCACUAGCCGAGUCCUUGCAGACGGGAUGACCCGUGGCCCAGUGGUGCGUCUUCCCCGUGCCUGUGACUCUGCAGAAGUGAAGGCUUGGCUUGAAACCCCGGAAGGAUUUGCAGUGAUAAAAGAGGCCUUCGAUAGCACCAGCAGGUUUGCACGUCUACAGAAACUGCACAUCAGUAUGGCUGGGCGCAACCUUUAUAUCCGUUUCCAGUCUAGGACGGGGGAUGCCAUGGGGAUGAACAUGAUUUCAAAGGGCACUGAGAAAGCACUUUCAAAACUUCAGGAGUAUUUCCCUGAGAUGCAGAUUCUAGCAGUGAGUGGCAACUAUUGUACCGACAAGAAACCUGCUGCCAUAAACUGGAUCGAAGGAAGAGGAAAGACUGUUGUUUGUGAAGCUGUCAUUCCAGCCAAGGUUGUCAGAGAAGUAUUAAAGACAUCUACAGAAGCGAUGAUCGAUGUGAACAUUAAUAAGAAUCUGGUGGGCUCUGCCAUGGCUGGGAGUAUCGGGGGCUACAAUGCCCAUGCAGCCAACAUCGUCACAGCUAUCUACAUUGCCUGUGGACAGGAUGCAGCACAGAACGUUGGAAGUUCAAACUGCAUUACUUUAAUGGAAGCUAGUGGUCCAACAAAUGAAGAUUUGUACAUCAGUUGCACCAUGCCAUCUUUAGAAAUAGGAACCGUGGGUGGCGGGACCAACCUCUUACCUCAGCAAGCCUGUCUGCAGAUGCUAGGUGUCCAAGGAGCAUGUGUAGACAAUCCUGGGGAGAAUGCCCGGCAGCUUGCCCGAAUAGUGUGCGGUACAGUCCUGGCUGGGGAACUGUCACUGAUGGCAGCGUUGGCAGCAGGACAUCUCGUCAGAAGUCACAUGAUUCACAACAGGUCAAAGAUUAAUUUGCAAGACCUCCAAGGAACAUGCACCAAGAAAGCAUCUUGAACAGCCUAAUAGUUCUGGACUAUCAAUGUGGGCAUUGGGUUCUAAAGGACUAACAAAAUCUGAAUUAAAAAUCUUAUGUCUCGUGGAAGAUGAAUAGAGGUAAUCAAUGAGACAACUGCUUGCAUUUGGCUUUUCAGAGAAGUAGGAGGGCUUUCCACCCCAUGCCUGCGUCCUGAACACAGCCCGCACUUUCCCUGCCGCGUUCGGUGGGAACAUGCAGUGUGGACGCCACACUGAAGCAGCCCGGAGGGUAACCUGUGGUGCACUUCUGAAAGCAAAUACAAGCUGGGGAAAAGAUGUUUUCUUUUAAUGAAAUGAUGAAGUUUUCAUGUGAUUAUUGUGAGAUUUUUGCCUCUGACGGGUUAAAAAUGGAUUUUUAAAAUUAUAUUGUAGCUGACAACUCCUGAUUUUAUAGUUAAUUUAGUCUGAGUUAUAGAAACUUUGUAAGAGCCAGGUUUAUUUUUUGUAAACUCAUAAUUCAUUUGGUGCUGGUCUGUUUCGACUUGGGGAUACUAACAUUCUUCAGAGAGGACCUGCUUCUUCAAGGGAAGAAUUUUAUUCUCAAACUACAGAAUAAUAUGCUGAGCAGUGUUCAGUAGUACUUUAUCAAGAAGACAAAUCACUGCAUUCCUCACUGUAGGCUAUUUGUUCAGAGGCCUCCUGUCUGAAUAUAAAUGUUUGUCUAGAUUGGCAAUAGCGUGAAUUUCAGUGUUAGCUUCUAAGAGUUCCGUGCUCUUCGCUGAAGAUGGCAGAUCUCUGCUUCCACAGAGCAACCGGAAGUGUAGCACCUGCAAGUCUGAAAUCAAGAGUGUGGAAACACUUUUGGAAGGAAGAUAUCAUUUUGCUAAGCCAACUUUUAAUUUCUUUGAAGACAUUUUAAUUUAUUUAGUUGAAAAAUAUUGGUAGUUUUUUAGAGAACUAUCAGAUCUGUAUAUAUUAUAAUAAAGCUUCUUAUGCUAGGAGCUUACUGAAAGUGUUCAAGAAGUAAAGAAAGUCAACUUGUAUAUUGAUAAACACUAGCUCGGGCCGGAGAAGAUCUUGUUCUUUAGUUCUGUCCAGGAAGCCCUGGCCUCACGAGGCCUCUUGAAAGGAAGUCAGAGCCCGUGAAUGGCCCUGGAGCUGGGUGCCUUGUCCCGGGGCCAGGAGGUUGGUGACUGAAGCAACACAGGGGCUCUUCGGCAGAUCCAUAGAGCUCUUUCUCAGGGGGUCAGCAGUCAAUGAAUCCUAAUUUGUUUUUAAUGUACAAGUUUUGUAUAAAUAAUAAAGAACUCCUUAUUUUGUAUUAUUCCAUCAAAUGCUUCAAGUGUUGGUCUUGGGUAGCUGAUGUCUCAUGUAGAAGAUGGACUCUGAAAAACAUUCCAGUCCUGUGGGCACCCUGGGAGCCUGAGCGAUUCUGUCUGCAGUAUUAUUGUAAACAGUGACCUUUUCUGCUGUAUAUAAAGUUUAAACUCCUC